ACUCCCCGCCUCCCGGGUUAUAUCAACAGCCGCCUUCCCGUAACUUCAUUCCCACGUCGAUAACUCUAUCAUGAGGAUCUCUCUGCUGCUCUCCUUCUUCGCCUGCUGUGCCCUCGUCACCGCUGAGCCUGACGAGGAGCCCAAACGCCCCAGCACGAGCGCCCUUGGACUCAGCAACGGACUCACUUGGGGUGACUGGGGUCCUAAGGAGUUCUGUCCGGAUGGGAGCUUCGUCCACGCUUUUGAUACGAAGUACGAGACCUUUUCGGACACGGACGAGACCGGCCUCAACGCCGUCAAGCUCUUCUGCAGCACCCCCGCCCACCACGACACCGGUUACGUCACUUCCGUUAUCGGCCAGUAUGGCGACUGGCAGGGCAUGAGAUCUGCGAUAAGGGCUUCGCGACCGGCAUGCGAGGUCAGGUCGUUCCCGAACAAGGUAUCUUCACCGAUGACCUCGCUGUGGUGAACCUCGAACUCAGCUGCAACUAUGGCAACGAAACCCUGGUCGGAGUUGAUCAUACGUCUGAUCUCGGAGUCUGGAGUGCACAGACUGCUUGCGCCGCUGGGUCUGCUGUCUGCGGUCUGGAGGUCCGCUACGAAAAGCCAAGCGUAGGUGACGAUUCUGGAGUCACUGACCUCGUCUUGUUCUGCUGCGCUGUCUAAAUUUCUCUCUUUUAUCUUUCUUCAUUUCUCCUUCUUAUCUCCUUAUUCUAUUCGAUUCCUCCCUUUCUUCCUUCCUCCUUAUUAUCUCCUUAUUCUAUU